CGUAGGUUUAUGCUGUAGUCGUAUAAUUUGUGAAGCGCGAAUUUGUAAGACAAAUUAAGUGAUUUAAAUACAUUCCCUCCGUUAGCCAAUUAUCUGAGCUUCAACAGUAUGCGACCACCUAUUAAACCGGGACCCAAAUCAUUUAAGAACAAGACUUCAUCAUUGAGAAAAUCACCAAGGCGUCCGGCAACAGAUUUAGGUGAUUCAGAUACUAGUAGCGAAGUGGACCAAGUUUUAGAAAGAGUUGAUCAGCGCACUCACAGCCACCUACGAACGAACAUUUCAAAAGGACAACGUUCCCACGGGAAUGAUUUAGCACAACACAGUGGAAGAAACUUUCAAAGUAUGGGGGAGUCAAGUCAAAUUGAUCCUAUACAACGGCCUAUGACAGUUAAGUUAGUGAAGCGCAACAGAAAAGGCGUUCCGAAUCGAAACUUUGUGAAAAGUUAUAAACUACUAGUAAAUCGUGUGGAUUUUAUGAUACCCCGUGCAUCGUUUUCUCGUAUUGUACGUGAAAUUUUAAUGAGUUUAGAUACGAAUGUUCAAUAUAUAACUCAAACCGCUUUUGAAGCUCUCCAGACAGCCACUGAAGCGUAUAUUGAGGGCCGUUUGGAAGAUGCUAAUUUAUUAGCAUUGCAUGCGCGUAGAGUCACCUUAAUGGUUAGAGAUUUGCAGCUUAUAAAUUAUUUACGGUGUCGCGAAAGAUAAAGCAAAUCUAAAAUGUAACUUAUCGGAAUGUAUGUAUAUAUAAUUCAAAAUGUUUAUUUAAGUAGAAAGUUAUCAGUUUUUAAAAAAGU